AUGGAGAAGGAAGAAAAUUACAGAAUGUCGGAGAAGUACGAAAUAUGUACGAGCUUCGAAAACAUAGGAAUUGAUGAAGGUCUAUUGAGGGGGAUUUAUGCAUACGGAUUUGAAAAACCAUCAGCCAUUCAGCAAAGAGGUAUCAAACCGAUUCUAAGUGGCAGAGAUGUUAUUUUGCAAAGUCAAAGCGGGACAGGAAAAACUUGUGUCUUUGCAGUGGGUGCACUAAAUUGUGUUAACCGUAACUUGAGCGAAACGCAGGUGAUUAUACUGUCUCCAACGAGAGAGCUAGCAGAACAGACGCAGAAGGUGUGCCUGGCAUUAGCAGAUUAUAUACAUGUAACCAUAUACUGUUGUAUCGGAGGCAAAAAAAUGAGUGAUGAUAUAAAGGCCUUAAAUAAUGGAGUGCAUAUUAUUAGUGGUACUCCAGGGAGAAUUUACCAUAUGCUAAACUUGAGGCACUUAAAGUGCAAGUACAUAAAGCAACUAGUUAUUGAUGAGGCAGACGAAAUGUUGAACAAAGGAUUCAAAGAACAGGUGUAUGACAUUUAUCGUUUUUUGUCUCCGAACACACAGAUCGUACUAUCGUCAGCCACACUUCCACAGGAGGUGUUAGAAAUAACAAACAAGUUCAUGCACAGACCUGUGAAAAUCUUAGUAAAGAGAGAUGAACUAACUUUAGAAGGAAUAAAGCAAUUUUUUGUUUCCAUAGAGAAAGAGCAAUGGAAAUAUGAAACGCUUGCAGAUUUGUAUGAAAGCUUAACCAUCACCCAAGCGGUUGUUUUCUGUAAUACCAAAAUGAAGGUAGAUUGGUUAACAAAAAAAAUGCAGGAGGCGAAUUUUACCGUUUGUAAAAUGCAUGCAGGGAUGAGUCAAAGUGAGCGAGACGAUAUCAUGUUAAAGUUCAGGCAGUGUAAAUUCCGUGUUCUUAUAUCGACUGAUAUUUGGGGAAGGGGUCUAGACGUACAGGAAGUCUCCCUUGUCGUUAAUUAUGAUUUGCCCAACUCGAGAGAAAGCUACAUUCACCGCAUCGGGAGAAGUGGCCGAUUUGGGAGGAAGGGUGUCGCCAUCAACUUUGUUAAAAAUGACGACAUAAAAAUUCUCAGGGAUAUCGAGCAGUACUACUCCACGCAGAUUGAUGAAAUGCCUAUGAACAUCACAGAGCUGCUCUAA